AUGAAUUUGAUAUUAUCUCCACCACAAGGAUGCUUUGCUGUAGGGUCAGACAUCAGCCUCACCUGCUCAGUUGGAUCCAGACCUCCUGCCCAGUUUAACUGGUUUCUGAAUGGAGAUCAGCUGCCUGAUACUGGAUCAGAGCUCAGACUGAUGAAUGUUCAGAUGAGUCAGAGUGGAAACUACAGCUGUCAGGCCUUUAACAGCAAAACUCUGAGAUCUCAAACAUCUCAGCCUUCAACCAUCGCUGUGCUGGAGAAAAUAUCAGCUGCUUCUGUCAAACCAUCAACAAACCUGCCAGUUGAGGGAACCUCUGUCAGUUUAACCUGUGAGGCUUCUGGCUCAGUCUUUACAAGAAACUGGAUGAAGGAUGGCUCAGAUCUGACCCCGACUGACAACAUGAUCCUUUCUGACAAUAACAGAGUGUUGACCUUUAACACUGUGAAUAGGAAAGACAAUGGAGAAUAUUUCUGUCAAAUCAGCAACCCCAUCAGCAGUGAUGGAGCUAAAUACGUCAUGACUGUUAAUUAUGGACCAGAAAAUGUUCAAAUCAAAGGUCCAAAUGAGAUAAAUAUCAAAGGCACCUUAAAACUGACCUGCUCUGCUGAAUCCACACCGUCUGCCAGAUUCACCUGGUUCUUUAAUGGGAUAAAAAUACUCACCAACUCAGCUGAGUACAUUAGAGAAGAAGUUGAACUUUCUGACAGUGGCAACUACACCUGUCAGAUCAACCAUCAGGAUAUGCUGCUGGUUGCAUCGCUGGAAUAG